CCAGUAUGACCAAUGACAACCAUCCGUCCCGGUUCGUCCAUGUGUUUCUGUUAAGAAAAAAACAAUAAAUUUGGGAGGACCUCGCGUUCCCCGCUGCUGCUUUGUAUGUUGGAUCUUCGUUCUUAUCAUCAUGUUAGCGCUAGGACCUCGUCGCACUGCCACAUACAUCAAUUUUCAAGACGGCUGGUGAUCCAUCGCUGCAGGUUUGCCGAGGCGAUUGGUGAAGCCCGUCGGCUUGUCUUUUUUCCCAAUCAAUUUCAGGCUUGGUGGGGUUUCUUUUUUUGCAGCAGCAGGCUGCUAGUCUUAGAUAUUGGGAUUGAUUGUCUGUCCGGACAGUAGGAUGUGUUUCGGUCUUAUUCGUGUAGAUUCAUUUGCCGCCAGACGACGCGCACUUUCUGCAUUGUCCGCGCUGCCCGCCCACUCCGGUCGCGAAGUUUUUGGACCACCUGCGCCAGCGUUCGAGGAGGAUGAUUUGGUUGUGAUGUUGGUGUCGUGCUUUCAGCAUCCCUUCCUUUACAUUUCGAUUUAGAAAUAGCUGUGUUGAGUUCUGUUGGUAUGACUUUUUUGUGUGCUUUCGCAGAGCCGCAUCCUCUGUGAUCCCGCCCUUCGUAUGUAUUUCCCAUAGCUGUCUCCGAGCCGCUUUUUUCGGAAACGCUAUGAUCGCUUGUUCUGCCAUCAUUUGUAUUCGUGGAGCCGCACCCUCCACUGCAUUGUGCCGGCGCCUCAUUGUACGAUGUGCGAGCUGGGUACUUUGCCUGGCACUUUUGUGAGAUUUGUAGAUCCCCGGAAACAUUUUUUUUUCGCUCACUUCGAUCAUGAUCUUCAGUAGGGUUCACGCAGUUCUGUUAUUUUCAAUUUUUCUACGACUUUCAUGUAUACACGCAGAGAUAGCUGGUACCCCUAUUUGGUAUCCUGUUUCUGGGGUACCCGGGAGCCGUUUCCUCCCUCGCUGGGUAUAAGCGAAUUCGCCCGUAAGGGUCCCGUCUAGGCGGUGUAAAAAAAAUCCUGGUCUGUGAAACGAAAACCACAGAAGACGUGAAUCUGAACCGACUUCGACCUCGAGCUAGGACAAUGGAAAAAGGUCAGGAAAGACCAAAUAGGAGGCGUUUAGUCCUGUCGUGUCGAAGAGUACGUGACUAGGAGACAGGCAAUAAUUUUGUCGCUGCUCCCGGUGUGCUUACAUUAUUUCUGGUCCGAUCGUAAACUUGAUUUUUUGGUGUAUGCGUAGUUCUAUGAAUAGGUGAUCUCUGAUGUGAACAGUUGCAGGUUCUCUUCAGAUCCGAUGCUAUGCGGGUGAGCCGAGGGAUCUCUUCUGGCUCAACAAGGUGUUAAUCAGCAGGAUCUGCAAGAUAUGGAAUGAAGAAAUUGAUUUCAGACUUACUACUGCAACCCUUCUGAAGAAGAGUCUUUUCACUGAAUUCGAUCGCGGAACAAGA